AUGGAUGAUCCAAACCUGGGUUCUUCGAAAUACACUUGCAAAGGUGUCAGCUGUCUGGGAAAUUACAGUACCAUUUAUGCGGGCUUGAUUGUCGAUGCCGUGCUUGAUUCGGCAAUUUUGAAGGGGAAACUCACCGAGUUGGUUGGAUUAUGGCCAAUACUUGGUGGUGAUUUGAUCAAAGACACAAAACCAUGGUCCUUCACCUGUGGCAGUACUGUUGAUUACACCAGCAGGGCGAUUAACCAGUCACUGGCUACAUGUCUUCCUAUCCAUCACGACCAAAAUAGCAACGAGCCAAACAUUAUGAAAAGCCCAGAAAUCUCCGCAGUUGACGAGAAAUUCAUAUUCGACGUCCCCCCAACCCCGCAAACAGUUUCCGCCUUCGCGUUACUCUCCUACAAGAUGCUACUUUACUGUGUUUUGGAAUCGCGCACCAUAUUUCCAAUUCCUUUGUUUGCGCUUCCGCCUGACGCUGGGGAUGUCCGCAUGUCUGAUCUGAUGAAAGUCAAAAAUGAGUGCACCGAAACUGAAUCCAGUUUUUACUCCCAGACGCAUGCGCAGAAUUACGACAGUGGGAUAUUUAAGCUAGCAAUGACUGUGUGGCAUGUGCUACUAACGCUCCUUGCCAUGAAGUUUGGAUUCCUUGAGGAGCUUACAACCAAGUUUAUCUACAUUCCAGGCGCAUGGGUCGACGAAUUACGGGUCAAAUCCCAGGGAGAGCUGAAAGACUGUUCCCCCGAGAUUCAACUCACACGAAACGACAUUAUCGCCGCAUGGUAUCUGAAAUCCAUCUAUUCCCAUCAACCUGCAGCUACGUCCCCCAAUCCAGUGGACUACCUUGGGGUUAUCAAUUUCCGUCGCUUUCUUGAGCCCCCAAAGGCUGGAACAUACUACAUUCGCUGUAGUGUUGGUGCCCUCCGGUGUAAAUUCUCUGUUCAGCAGCUGAAAGAAGAGUCGGUUGCUGAGAUUGCUCGGGAUAUACGCCUCACAACACUGCAAUAUACAUCUACCGGAUCUGUCUGCCAGAGUCUUCGGUUCUCGGAAGAUCAUACAUCAAAGACUCUCACAUUAGCUCUGCGCGGCUCUGGAAACCUUGCGUGUGCUGUGGUAUCUCACUGGACAACAUUCGAUUAUACAGGUCUGGAUUUUUCCGGCGCCAAUCUUAGAGGUCAAAAGGUGUCAGUCAUAUUUGUCAAUUCUAUGAUUGUGAACGAAUGGGACCUCAAGAUAGCACCUGUUGCUGUUGUCAUGAAGAAUGGGUCUGGAGGCUACUGGAUUCGCGCUGCGAAUACAUUCACUGGCUGGAGUCGGUUCGGCGAAUCUAACAACAUGGAAAUUCUGUUCCCUACACAGUGA